AUGGUGUAUGUCAAAUCUCAAAUCCCUAAUGAUGUUUCUAUUCAAGUCGAUGAUAUCACCUUCCAAGCACACAAGUUUCCUUUGAUCUCCAAAUGUGGUUACAUAAGCAACAUUGAGCUACAACCUUCAGCUUCUGAGAAUGGGUAUCAUCUCAAGUUAGAAAACUUACCAGGUGGAGCAGAAACGUUUGAGACUAUUCUGAAAUUCUGCUACGGUCUCCCACUAGACUUGAACCCUCACAACGUAGCCCCACUGAGAUGUGCAUCAGAAUACUUGUACAUGACUGAAGAGUUAAUACUUGUACAUGACUUGUACAUGACUGAAGACGGGAAUCUUAUCUCCAAGACAGAUGCUUUCAUCACUUUUGUAGUACUCGCCUCGUGGAGAGACACACUCACUAUUCUGAGAUCAUGUGCAAACUUGUCUCCAUGGGCAGAGAACCUCCAGAUCGUAAGGAGAUGCUGCGACUUGCUUGCUUGGAAAGCCUGCAACGAUGACAACAACAUACCAGAGGAUGGAGCUAGCGAUGAAAGAUGUUUGUACAAUGAUAUAGCAACUCUUCGAAUUGAUCACUUCAUGAGGGUUAUAACAACUGUGAAAGCAAGACGGGCCAAACCAGAGAUUACAUGUAAAAUCAUCAUCAAGUACGCAGAGAAGUGGUUGCCGCUGAUCGAUGAGGAUUUGGAAGGAGUAAGAGGUCACGGGUUAGGAAAGAGUGAGCUGAAGUUCAGUGUGAACAACAGAGAGAAAACAGAGGAAAGCAGUUUAGGAUGUGAAGAACAAAAGGGGAUUAUCGAAAGCUUAGUAAGCGUUCUUCCUCCACAACAUGGAACAAUAUCAUGCCAUUUCUUGUUAAGGUUGCUGAAAACUGCGAUUGUGUAUUCUGCAUCACCAGCUUUGAUAUCUGAUCUUGAGAAGCGAGUCGGUAUGCUACUGGAAGAUGCUAAUAGGCGUUGCCAGAAGAUGCUUGGAAAUGCCAUGAUGGUCUUUACAGAGCAAUUGAUAUGUUUCUCAAGACCCAUCCUCUACUAUCAGAGCAUGAUAGAAGAAGACUGUGCAAAACAAUAA